AUGCCUUUGAUAAGCGAAGCACCACUUGCCCACGACCAUUCUUACCACCAAGAGAUGAAGGAAAACAGCUCUACCUCCGAAUACUCCAGCGAAACCAUGCCGUCUUCUGCUCAAGUGCUGGUACAAGCAGCGGCCUAUCGAAUUGAUCUGGAUCCAUCCAAAUUGAGCUUUCUUCUGCAUGCCAUGAAUGAGGAAUUGGUAACCGAACUGUGGCAGCUGCAGUAUAUGGAUUUUCCAAGUUGGCGUGAACUGGGAUUCCCCGUCGGUUUGAUUGCUUCCAUUCGAGCUUUGCUGGAAGAGGAAGAAUCGUCAGACCACGAGGAGGCUGCUAACAAGAAUGGAGCUCAUCGAAGGGCUAUUGCCAGUGACAAUUCUACUACAGAGCUUGCGGUACCGAAGGCAACCUGGCAGCAGGCACGAAUGAGAGCAUCGGAACAAGACAACCGUGGUAUCAAAAAACGAUUGUCAGAUAUUACUCUCUCGGAGCGAUUUUCGUUCCGCACGUCCAUUAUGUCGCCGCCAAGUUCCAAACCCAAGUCUGGCAGCCCUGCCGGGAGUCCGAUGUAUUUCUCCGUGCAGAGUAAAAGCCAGAAAAGUGAGCCCCGAAGCAAUCGAAUUUUCAUGCCGGUUGCCGACAUACCACCCACUUCGCCACCUCGCCGUUCAUCCUCAAGAAGUAAGGUUCGUUCACCGAUGCAGCCAUCGAGUAGAGACCAGCAUCAAGAAAAAACGGAGGAGCAACGACGUCGUUCUAGCUUUGAAAUGCCCCUACGUCCCUCAAGGAGGCCCACUAUCACUGACUUGGAGUCUCUAUUCCAAGGCAUUGGUGAGAAAUACCUUGCGUCCUCCUCGGACAGCGUUGGGGGGUCGAUGACCAGCACCAGCGGUGGAACUUCUAUUGAAGCAUCCCUUGCAUUGGAGAGCCUGCUUCGAUCAGGGGAGAGCGAGGAAAAUAAGGACGUUCGUGAAAAAAGCAUGGACACAAUCAUAACUGGAAACUUGCGUGGUACUGCGGAUCAGGAUGACCUGGGCUUCCUCUAUGCUGAAGACUUCGAAGCAUAG